GAUAGGAGAUAAGGAAACAGUUGGUCCUGAAUUAGGUAAGAUGCAAGAUCUGAACAUACGUGUCAGCUUUUACACCCAACUAUGGUUCCUAUGGUCAGUACAUUCAUUCGUAAUCAGCGACAGCUGUGAUGCCAAAAUCAACAUGGUCCGAGACGUAUGGCAAGUGGGCAUGGGCCACAACUUCACUCUGAUAUGCGAGUUUGUCUGCAUCCCGCCGUCCGACACUCUCCAUUGGUACAGGGGUGCCAGCAGUGUACUGAAUCAGACCACCAACCAAACCAAUUUCACAUUCCCUCUGCAUGUGGAGAGAGCAGGGGAAAAUCACAGUGGAGAAUACUACUGCGAAACACACCCGCCAGUUGUCUCUAGCAACACUGUGUUCAUCAGGGUGGUGGAUUUGUCUCUGAACGUGUCCAGCACGUCAGCGGAGGUGUUUGAGGGACAGACGGUCGAGGUGAACUGCACGGCCGUUUCACCUCUCAACGCUACUCUCUUCUGGGGACGCGGCGGGUGCGACGACCGCCAGAAGGUGAAUGGCAGCGGGACUCUGCGGCUGUCCCCCGCUACCGCCCAGCACCGCGGAGAUUACUACUGCUGUUCUUCCAUUCCCACCCUCACCCCGCUCCACAGGUUCAAGAAGGUGCAGGUCACAGUACUGCGUCCCCAAGGUAUCCUGCAGUGCCAGGUGUUGUGGUAUUUGAUGUGCAAAACUGGGAUUUUCCUCAUCUUCUCCGCUGCCGUAUUUAUCUUGGCCUGCAGAGGGCAGUCCUAAGCUAGAAAACCCAGAGCCCACGGGUAUCUUGCAUAAAAUUGGUUUGUUCAGGAAGUGGCUUGCAAACCAACAUUCACAAACACAACUAUCCAAGUAUAUAGAUAUUGUGCUUCCAUUAGAUUCUGUAUGUAUUACCAUUUGUGUCAUGAAGUAAAUGUGCAUCUCAAAAUGUUUUCAAUUUUAAAGAGCAGUUAUUCAUUUAGACAAAGCAUAGACUGCACAUCAA